CUUACAGCUUUUAGAACCCUAAAUCCCAACUUGUUGCCCCCACAAAUCCGGCGGACAUACACCGAAGCAAAAUCUCAGUGGAGAGGGAAAUAAUUCAAACUCUCCUUCUUCUUCCCGAAAUCCCGCCUCUCUAUCUCUGGCACGAGCUCGCAUCUCUCCAAUAGCUGAAGCUUCUACCGGGAAUGGCUUCCGAUCUACCAUGCGAUGCAGACGGAGUGUGCAUGGUUUGCAAGGCGAAGCCAUCGGAGGCAGAGGCUGUGCUCUGCCGUACAUGCGUCACUCCGUGGCACGUCUCUUGCCUCUCCCGCCCCCCGGAGACUCUUGCUUCUGCUCUCGAAUGGCAGUGCCCUGACUGCUUCCAGCUUCCGGAAUCGGCGGUGGGGAAGGUGGCGCCGAUGCUGGUAGGCGCAUCUGCAGAGCUGGUGGCUGCUAUUAGGGCGAUCGAGGCCGACGGUUCGCUGACGGAGCAGGACAAAGCUCGACGUCGCCAGGCGCUUGUGAGCGGCGUUGGUGACUUGGCAGCGGGGGAGGAGGUCGGGGAGGAUGGUGAGGGGAAGAAGAAAGCGAAGCGGGGUAAUGAUGUUUUGGGUCUCCUUGAUGGAAGUAUUUACUGCUCCUUUUGUAUGCAGCUGCCGGAAAGACCGGUCACUACGCCAUGUGGCCACAACUUCUGCUUAAAAUGCUUUCAAAAGUGGGCUGGGCAGGGAAAACUCCACUGUGCAAAUUGCCGUUCUUUGAUCCCUUCGAAGUUUGCAGCACAGCCAAGAAUAAAUUCAACGCUAGCUAUGGGCAUUCGUAUGGCCAAAUCUGCGAAAUCAGGCACAUCAUGUGGUUCAGUUAAUGAAUAUCACUUCAUUCGUAAUGAGAAUAGACCUGAUAAAGCCUAUACCACCGAUAGGGCUAAGAGGGCAGGAAAAGCAAAUGCCUGCAGUGGACAGAUCUUUGUCACAACUCCUCCGGAUCACUUUGGUUCCAUUACCGCAGAGUAUGAUCCGAAAAUGAGAAGGGGGGUGUUGGUGGGUGAUUCCUGGGAUGAUCGGAUGGAUUGCAGACAAUGGGGUGCACACCUACCUCAUGUUGCAGGAAUUGCAGGGCAAAGCGAGUAUGGUGCACAGUCAGUUGCUCUGUCAGGAGGAUAUCAAGAUGAUGAGGAUCAUGGGGAAUGGUUCUUGUACACAGGCAGUGGUGGUAGAGACCUGAGUGGUAACAAGCGCACGAGCAAGCAGCAGUCAUUUGACCAGAAAUUCGACAAACUUAAUGAGGCUCUACGCGUUAGUUGUCUAAAAGGCUACCCUGUGCGGGUGGUAAGGUCCCAUAAAGAGAAGCGCUCUUCCUAUGCCCCAGAAAAUGGGGUCCGUUAUGAUGGAGUUUAUAGAAUAGAGAAAUGCUGGCGAAAAGUUGGACUUCAGGGGUUCAAGGUCUGCAGAUAUCUUUUUGUUAGAUGUGAUAAUGAACCAGCACCUUGGACAAGUGAUGAACAUGGUGACCGUCCGAGGCCUUUACCUGUCAUCAAAGAACUGAAGAAAGCCACAGAUAUUACAGAUAGGAGGGAUGUUCCAUCUUGGGAUUAUGUUGAAGAACAUGGCUGGAAAUGGGUGAAGCCGCCGCCUGUCAGCAGGAGCAGGAAACCCGUGUAUACCAUAAAUAAUGAUGAACAAAAGAGAGUAAAAGUGGCCAUUAGGGUUACCCAAAACAAUUCAGUCAAGGAGAAGCUAUUAAAAGAAUUUAGCUGUCUGAUUUGCCGGAAAGUACUGUCUUCGCCAUUGACGACCCCUUGUGCUCAUAAUUUCUGCAAGACAUGCUUGCUGGGUUCAUAUGCUGAUAAGUCCUUUGUGAGGGAGAGGAGUAGUGCGGGUGGUCGCACUCUUAGAGCUCAGAAGAUUACGAAGAAGUGCCCUGCUUGUCCAUAUGAUAUUUCAGAUUUCUUACAGAAUCCCCAGAUUAAUAGGGAGCUUAUGGAUCUGAUAGAGUCCCUACAAUCUAAGAAUGAGGCGAAUGUGGGAGCAGACAUUGGAGACAGAAAAUCAUGCCUAGAAGAUGAAGAAGAUAAGACAAAAUCUUAUAAUGAUGCUAAUGAUUUUAUGAAAGAACAAAAUUCUACCAAUGAAAUUGAAUCAGUUGAGACAAAGAAAGUUGUUGAAAAGAAAUCUCAGACUGUGGUGAAGUUUGAUUCUACUUGUGACGAAAAGGCUGAUGUUGGAGAGAUUGGGGAAAAGAGGGCUGUUAAGAGAAACAAGGUCGAAAAAAAUAGUAUUGUGGUGGGAGAUGAUUCCUCAUCUAACCCUUCCAAUAGGAUGACAGAAGAUGAUGAUUUCCAGUGAUGAAGAAUUAUAUUGAUUAUCAAAGAAGGUAUCUUUCAAACUUGUCAUUAAUAUUUGUAUUUUUAGGCAAAGUGAGCACUCGAAAUUGGCUUAUUGAGAGCUGAUGUUUUGUGUUCGAGUACGCUUCAUCAUAUAUUGGGAUUCUUCAUGUUUCUAUUGGCUUGUGAAGUAUUAUUGCGUUGAAAUUUAAACCCUAAUGCUGGAUUUGGAAAGUGUAUUUUUUAAAGAAGCUGAGUUGAUCUCAUGUAGUGGCGCAAAGACAGUUGCUAUUAAACCAGGAAAUCAUUGGAGAAUUUUUAUAAUUUUCCAUAAAAUGGAUUUGCUUUUUAUUAUUUAGCGAACAAAUGCACUCAGAAUUUGUAGUCCAGCU